AUCAAAACAUAAUUCUAAUCUUUUCAUGAAAAACGUACGAAAACAAUCAUCCAAGAAUUAGGCUUCAUUACCCUGUUCAUAAUCAAGAGAUUUAUUUUUAGAGCGUUACAUUACAUACAUGCAUUACAACAUUAUUGUUACAGCAGUCACAGAAUAAAGACUAACCCUGCAGAGGAUUGGACAGUGGCGAUUCUAGGGAGGGGCUUAGCAAAGGGUUACAAAUGAUCCACUGCUGGUCAAUCAGGGCAUUCCUCCUCAAUCAUCAUCAUCAUUGUUUCAUGGCAGCUUAUCUACUGAACAAAUGCAAACAUGAACAAAUCUCUAUUAAAACAUAUCUAUAAUUAAACUUAUCUUGUUGUUUUUCAGAAUCAGUAUGGAGCAGAGAUCAGACUUUCCUGGACCCAGCUGUUCAUCCAUCCAAAGUGAUCAGACUAAAGAUGACAUUUUGAACUUCAGACAGUCUGCAGUUAGAAGUAUCAGGAUGGAGAAGCAAAGGCCAGAUUCUCCUGAACCCAGCUGUGUGUCCAUGAAGAGUGACCAGUCUAAAGGUGGCUUUACUAACUUCAAACAACCUGCAGAUGGAAGAAUCAGGAGGAAGAGGCAGAGAUCAAACUCACCUGAACCCAGCUGUUUGUCCAUGAAGAGUGAUCAGUCUAAAGGUGGCUUUAUUAACUUCAAACAACCUGAAGGUAAAAGUAUCAGGUUUGAGGAGCAGAGCUCAGACUCUCCUGAACCCAGCUUUUUGUCAACGAAGAGUGAUCAGUCUAAAGAUGCCGUUUUUAACUUCAAACAGUCUGCAGGUAGAAGAGGUCAGCUGGAAACAUCAGAGUUCUUCAAUGAUCAGUCCAAUCAGCAUCAAACAGACCUGGACUCCAUAUUUAUGCUGCUGGAGGAGAACAUUAUCAUCUUUGUGAAGAAGGAACUGAAGAGAUUUCAGAAGGCUCUGAGUCAGGAUAACCCAGGAUGUCUGAGUGAGGAUGAGGAGGUGUUGGUUGGUGGAUAUGAAGAGCAGAGGAGCAACAGAGAGGCAUUUCUGAAGAUCACAGAGAACUUCCUGAGGAGAAUGAAGCAGAACAAGCUGGCUGACCGUCUGUGGAACAGAACUUCUGAUCCAGUUUGCCAACAUAAACUCAAGUCUAACCUGAAGAAGAAGUUCCAGUGUGUGUUUGAAGGGAUUGCCAAAGCAGGAAACCCAACCCUUCUGAAUCAGAUCUACACAGAGCUCUACAUCACUGAAGGAGGGACUGGAGAGGUCAACGAUGAACACGAGGUCAGACAGAUUGAAACAACAUCCAGGAAAGCACAAAGACCAGAAACAACCAUCAGACAAGAAGACAUCUUUAAAGCUCCACCUGGAAGAGAUGAACCAAUCAGAACAGUGAUGACCAAGGGUGUGGCUGGCAUUGGGAAAACAGUCUUAACACAGAAGUUCACUCUGGACUGGGCUGAAGGCAAAGCCAACCAGGACAUCCAGUUCACAUUUCCAUUCACUUUCAGAGAGCUGAAUGUGCUGAGAGAGAAAAAGUUCAGCUUGGAGGAGCUUGUUCAUCACUUCUUUACUGAAACCAAAGAAGCAGGACUCUGGAGAUUUGAUGGGUUCAAGGUCGUGUUCAUCUUUGACGGUCUGGACGAGUGUCGAAUUCCUCUGGACUUCCACCAAACCAAAAUCCUAACUGAUGUCACAAAGUCCACCUCAGUGGAUGUGCUGCUGACAAACCUCAUCAGGGGGAACCUGCUUCCAUCUGCUCGUCUCUGGAUAACCACACGACCUGCAGCAGCCAAUCAGAUCCCUCCUGGGUUUGUUGACAUGGUGACAGAGGUCAGAGGGUUCACUGACCCUCAGAAGGAGGAGUACCUCAGGAAGAGAUUCAGAGAGGAGGAGCAGGCCAGCACAAUCAUUACCCACAUCAAGACAUCCCAAAGCCUCCACAUCAUGUGCCACAUCCCCGUCUUCUGCUGGAUCACUGCUACAGUUCUGGAGGAUCUGCUGAAGACCAGAGAGGGAGGAGAGCUGCCCAAGACCCUGACUGAGAUGUUCAUCUACUUCCUGGUGGUUCAGACCAAACAGAAGAGCAUCAAGUAUGAUGGAGGAGCUGAGACUGAUCCACACUGGAGUCCAGAGAGCAGGGAGAUGAUUGAGUCUCUGGGAAAACUGGCUUUUGAGCAGCUGCAGAAAGGAAACCUGAUCUUCUAUGAACAAGACCUGAUGGAGGGUGGCAUCGAUAUCAGAGCAGCCUCGGUGUACUCAGGAGUGUUCACACAGGUCUUUAGAGAGGAGAGAGGACUGUACCAGGACAAGGUGUUCUGUUUCAUCCAUCUGACUGUUCAGGAGUUUCUGGCAGCUCUUCAUGUCCACCAGACCUUCAUCAACUCUGGAGUCAAUCCGAUGGCAAAUACACCAACACCAUCCAGAUCUACAAUGACACAGUUCUACCAGAGUGCUGUGGACCAGGCCUUACUGAGCCCAAAUGGACACCUGGACUUAUUCCUCCGGUUCCUCCUGGGUCUGUCACUGACCACCAAUCAGAAUCUCCUACGAGGUCUGCUGACACAAACAGGAAGUGACUCAGAGACCAGUCAGGAAACAAUCCAGUACAUCAAGACAAAGAUCAGUGAGGAUCUGUCUGCAGAGAAGAGCAUCAAUCUGUUCCACUGUCUGAAUGAACUGAAUGAUCGUUCUCUAGUGGAGGAGAUCCAAGAGUCCCUGAGAUCAGGGCACCUCGAUGCAGAUGAACUGUCUCCUGCUCAGUGGUCAGCUCUGGUCUUCAUCUUACUCUCAUCAGAAGAAGAUCUGGACGUGUUUGACCUGAAGAAAUACUCUGCUUCAGAGGAGGCUCUCCUGAGGCUGCUGCCAGUGGUCAAAGCCUCCAACAAAGCUCUACUGAGUGGCUGUGAACUCUCAGAGAGAAGCUGUGGAGCUCUGUCCUCAGUCCUCAGCUCCUCCAAACUCAGAGAUCUGGACCUGAGUAACAACGACCUGCAGGAUUCAGGAGUUGAGCAACUUUGUGGUGGACUUAUGGAUCCACUUUCCACGUUGAAAUUUCUCAGGCUGAGUGGCUGUAACCUCUCAGAGAGAAGCUGUGGAGCUCUGUCCUCAGUCCUCAGCUCCUCCAGUCUCAGAGAUCUGGACCUGAGUAAUAAUGACCUGCAGGAUUCAGGAGUUGAGCAACUUUGUGGUGGACUUAUGGAUCCACAGUCUACACUGGAAACGCUCAAGCUGAGUGUCUGUAACCUCUCAGAGAGAAGCUGUGGAGCUCUGUCCUCAGUCCUCAGCUCCUCUAGUCUCAGAAAUCUGGACCUGAGUAACAGCGACCUGCAGGAUUCAGGAGUGAGGCUGUUGUCUUCUGGACUGGAGAGUCCACACUGCAGACUGGACUCUCUCAGUCUGUCUGGCUGUUUGGUCUCAGAGGAAGGCUGUUCUUCUCUGGCCUCAGCUCUGAGCUCGUCCUGUCUGACAGAGCUGGACCUGAGCUACAAUCAUCCAGGAGAACCAGGAGAGAAACUACUGUCUGCUCUAAAAGAGGAUCCACACUGCAGACUGGAGACACUGAGGCUGGACCAUGGUGGACAGCACAGACUGAAACCAGGUCUAAAGAAGUACGCCUGUGAGCUGGAAGUGGACACAAACACAGUGGGCAGAAACCUCAAACUGUCUGAGAACAACAGGACGGUGACAGUAGUGAUGGAGGAUCAGCAAUAUCCUGAUCAUCCAGACAGAUUUGACUGUCAUCAGCUGCUGUGUUGUACUGGUCUGACUGGUCACUGUUACUGGGAGGUCGAGUGGAGAGGAGAGGUUGAUGUAUCAGUGAGUUACAGAGGAAUCAGACGGAGAGGAAACAGAGAUGAAUGUGAGUUUGGAUUUAAUGAUCAGUCCUGGAGUCUGUUCUGCUCUUAUCAAGGUUACUCUGUCUUUCACAAUAACAGAGAAACAGAUAUCGCCUCCUUCUCUUCAUCCUCUGGUAGAGUAGCUGUGUAUCUGGACCAUCCUGCUGGCUCUCUGUCCUUCUACAGAGUCUCCAUUGACAGACUGAUCCACCUCCACACCUUCAACACCACAUUCACUGAACCGCUCUAUCCUGGUUUCAGGUUUGGGUCUGGGUCAGGUUCCUCAGUGUCUCUGUGUUCUCUGUAGCUCAAACUCUGCUGUCUGAAUCCAAAGCUUAGUCAGACUACACACUAGAUGAUUUAUCAUCUCUAAUUAAUCUGAUGGAUUUGAUUCAAAGCUUGUCAGUAAUUCUUCUUCACUAGUUGAACUUGUACUGGUGUAUAUAUCACUGUUUAACUGCUUAGCACUCAUUUUUAUAUGAUCAAGUCCAAAAUGGCUCAUUUUAGUUUUGUUUUAGCUCAGAUACUUUCUUGUUUGGUCUAACGAAGCCCACAGACACAAACAGCUGAUCAGAUACUCUGAGGUGGAAGAGCACGUAGCCUGUAGCCGAAGCUCACACUGUAAAAUAGUGCCAAACACAGCAGCUUUCUACCUGAAAAAUAAAACGCUUCAAAAAUGUUUGGAUACAGCGUACAAUUGAGCCAACAUAGUUUUUUGUCCCAUGUUGAACCCUGUAGGUAACAGUGGGCCAAAGAGCGGGGUCAGAGGAGCCUUCAGAGUUACAGAGAUAUCAGUGAAAUAACUGAAGAACAGAAGAAGAAAUGUCCUCAACCACACAGACAGACUCAUCGUUACUAAAUGCUGAUCCAGAAAACAGCAGAAAAAGGCCUCUGCCAUCUUUGGCUUGUUGCUCUGAAUAUGGAUAUAAACACCACCUUCUGCACUGAAAAAGUUUCCACAUGUAUUUGCUUGCAGUACCCUUUAGUUCAGUGUUUAUUUUCUCAAAUAAAAUACUUUAAAUAAAGUAGGACUUUCAUCCUUAAAGGUCACAUAUUUUACCCUUUAAGACAACUUUAUGUUGGUCUCAGAGGUCCCCAA